AUGCUGGUGGGUAGAUGUGGAAGAGUAGAUGAGUUUGGGAUGAGGGAUCUGGUGUUAGGAGAUUUUGUAAGUUAUGAUUUUCAUAUUUCCUUUGAAGUAGAUAAUGAAGUCAUGAGUAGUCAGCAAAGAAAAGGAGAGUGGUGGGUUAAUGCAGAUAAUCAGGUUGACAGUGGCAAAAAGGCAACUGGGCUGCUGUUCUUUGAUCUAUCUGGUUGUUCUGUCUAUAUUGCUUAUGACUAUUCUCCUCCUUGGGUUUAUUUAAGUGUUGGGUUGUUUAAAAGGGUAAACAGUGAAGGGAAUGCAGGACAGGCUAUGGGGAUGGAAGUUUUCUCUACAUUUCAGCUAGCAUUUACAGUCUUUGCUGUGGAAGAUCGCCGCCGCAGGGACAUGACAGAGCCAGGAAGUCUUGCCAUUGGAUUUUCUCUCACAGCAGGAGCUUUAGCAGCGGGACAUUUCUCAGGAGGCAGUAUGAACCCAGCUAGAUCUUUUGGCCCAGCUUUAUUCACAGGCAUUUGGGAGCAUCACUGGGUAUACUGGAUUGGUCCCAUGAUGGGUGCCUUCCUAGCAGGUGCUUCCUAUGAAUUCUUCUUUGCAUCCAGUGCCUCACGAGAGAAGCUGGUCGCCUGUCUCACCUGUAAGGACAUUGAGAUUGUAGAGACAGCAAGCAUCUCCCGAUCUUCCCUCUCCAUGGCUACACAGACAGCAGCACGUGGACGGCAGACAGAGUCAAAACAUGAGCAUAACUAGCAGAGAGAAAUGUAUUCUCAAAGAAGGAUGCAACUACAGUUUAUAUGUCACACACCUAAGGAUUGCAGUAAAGCCAUGGAAAUUAUUUGCUAAUAAAUUC